AUGUUUCUACAGCGGCUGAUUCUCGCAUUGUUUGCCAUUCUCCUUAUCUGUGCAGUUGACGUUGAAUGCAGACGUCAUAGUCAUGACAGCAGCCAACGUCGCGGUGGCCGUCGUGGCGGCUUCGACCGCAGGGACCGCAGCCGAGAACGCGGAGGAAGCUUUGGCCGUGGCGGCGGACGUGGGUUCGAUCGUGGACCACCUGGACGUGGAGGUUUCGGACGCUUCCGUGGAUGAUGCUACGAAUAAUUUUCUCGGGGAAAAAUGCUUUUUUGGUAUUCACG